CCAGGAUCUCUGCGGGAGCUAAAGAGGAGCGGUACCCAUGAGUGGAGAGACCCAUUCCUGAGCUGGGAGGCGAGCGAGCAAGUGGCCGGCCCGCUCCUCCCUCCUCCUCCUCCUCCGUGUCUCCCCACGAACCAGAGCCCCUGAGCUGCGCUGUGCCGUGGCAGGCACAUUUGUUUUAAAUUAAAACUCGUUUUCCGUUCGCUGCUCGCUCCCGGCAGCGCACUAACGCCCUAUCGCUUACGCCGCCACUCGCGAGAACUUCAUCCGGUAAUAAAUUUCCAAGUGUGUUUCUCUCCCUCCUCUCUCUACAUCUCUUCCUUUGACUUGUUUUGUAUUAUAGUCAUUAUAUUAUUACGACCGUUAUCGUUUUAUUAUUUUGUAUCCCAGGAGGAAACCCGCCUUCUGUUAUAACCAGUAGACAUUUGAAGGAUGUUUUAUAACUUGAAGGUUACGCGCCACUACCGCCGGCACCACCACCGCCACCGCAACCCCCCCUCGUAUUAAAUACAAACGCGACAGUGAGCAGAGCGCAUGCUGUCUCCAAGCCCGGCGUUGCGCAGGCGAUCACGGAGGCGACGUGAGCCAGACUCACGAUGCGCACACGCGAAGGCAGCGUGCCCAGUGAGCGCUCGCGUCUACCUGGCGGGGCACGUCGCUGAGCCGCGACCAAAACAAACAGCACGGGACGAGACACACUCACACAGAGUGAGAGAUAGAGAGAGAGAGACACGCGCGCGCACACAGAGAGAGAGAGACACACAUAACGAGAGACAGAGAGGAUCACAUCCUCCGAUUUCAAGGUACCAAGAGCGGCGCGUCCGUUAGGAUAAAAGGAAAAGGCGCGCGCGCGCGACUCUCCGAGCCAAGAGCGUGACCAAGAGCACGGAGCGAGCGGAGCGACGGCUGCGUUGACAUGAGAAGCGACGGUGCGAUGCACGUAUUGCAUCGGGACGAUAUUGUAGCCACGUAGUCGACAGUGCGGCAUCCGCGCUACUCGGCAGCUCUUAAAGGGGGGGGGGGAGGGAGGAAAGUGGGAAGAAGACUGCGAGCUUCGACUCUCGAGGACGGGACGAGUUGUCUAUGGGCAGCAAUAGCUGCAGCCAAGCGCGUCUGCUCGAGCCGCAGUGAACCUGGCUGGUGCCCGGCAAAGCGACUAUGCAGUUCCAUGUGCUCCUGCUCAUGGUCGCCUCUCUCGUGGAUUUUACGGACGGCCACAACGCGACGGCGAGGGCCAAGCGGCACAGACGAAUGGGUGCAAGCAGUGCGCUGUGCCCGCGCGGAUGCUCCGGGUGCUCGGAUGCCAACGGCUGCCUCAGCUGCAUGCCUCGCUUCUUCUUCCACCUGCAGCGGGCAGGCAUGCGGCAGCUGGGAGCCUGCCUGCACAUGUGCCCCUCGGGAUACUACGGCCUGCGCGCCACGCACAUGAACAAAUGUGCAAAAUGCAAGAUCGAGCGCUGCGACACGUGCUUCAGCAAGAACUUCUGCACGCGUUGCCUCCCCGGCUCGUACCUCUACAAGGGGGACUGCUACGAGUCGUGUCCAGACGGCUUCUCCCCCACCAACCACACAAUGGAGUGCGUGCCAAUCGUGCACUGCGAGGUCUCCAUGUGGGGGGAGUGGUCCCAGUGCACCAAGAAUGGGCGGCACUGCGGGUUCAAGUGGGGACGCCAGUGGCACGCGCGGCAGGUCGUCCGCUACCCCAGCAGCGGCGGGGGGCUGUGCCCCCCGCUCCGGGAAGUGCGCAAGUGUCGUUCGCAGCAUCGGACCUGCCCUGACGACGACAACUCGCGCCACGGGCGGCGUGGCAAGAAGAGGAAGAACAAGCACAGGAGACCGGGCGUCGCGAGGGGGCCCCAGGCGGCGCGCGUCAAGGACAAGCCGGCGACGCGCCAGCAGCGCACGGAGCGCACGAUGGCGGGAUCCGUGUGACAGCGGCGGCGGCGCUCAGCCCCUCGUCCCGGCACUCCCCUCCCGACCCCCCCCCCCCCGACUAUCUCCGCUUCACGACUGAACGAGCGACGCUCCCUCCUUGUUGCCGCUUUUACUCCGAGCGGAACUCUUUUAACGGCCAACGAGGAGGACGCCCUUCGCCGCCGCGGUUAUUUAAGGAACGUUUUUUGCUGAAGAAAGAAAAUCUUGCUGGGGGAAGGAGAAAAAAAAACUCGUCGAGAGGGGGGGCAAACGUUGGUUUUUCCAACACUGUUUCGUUUUUAUUUCGUCGCUGACAUCGUCGCUGGCAUCGUCGUCGUUUUUUGUUUGUUUUGCCCCCCCACCUACCCCCCGUCGCAAUUAUCGCCAGAGGAACGUCCGUCCCUCCGAGGAAGCUUCUUUGCUUGCGAGGACAUUGUUAUUAACCUCAUUCCGCUCAAGGCACGCGCGACAUUCCUUUUUCCUCGACAGAAGAGAACCGUGGGACUAUGUUGACUGAUCGCGAACGAAUGUUCAAAGCUCUUAGAAGAAAGUCAGAACGCUCUCUGCAAGCGCGCAUAGAACUUUAAAGCUGCGGAGUGGUUUUUUUGUCUAAUUAUUUUGUUUUACGUUUAAACGCUGUGCAGGAUGUAGGAGACCCCAGAAAGCACUGUUCGCUUGGAAUGAAGUACUGUACUGUAACCAUAACGAGGCACGUUAAUGCUUAAAUGUGUAUACUUGUACAUUGCAAUAUUCUAGCCUUUGAAUGUUAACUUUGUAGUUAAAUUUACAGUAUGUUAAACAAACAAAAGAAAUCAUCGUAAAACUAAAUUAUUGCUUGACAGUACAGAUCUAACGUUGGCCCCCAGCUUGUCAAAUGCAUUUUGUUGCUUUGAGCGAUUGUGCGACUGUUUUGACUGCGUUAUUUACGGCAUAGCAAAGGGGCAUGGGCGAUGAGUCAAAGGUGGUUAGGUUGUGCCAGUAAAGGGUUGUAUUUCGCAAAUCAUAACAAGGUAACCGCAAGCAUUGGUAUCAAAAACUAAAAUAAAUAAGUACACGACUCA